GAAAGGGGCGGGGCUUCCAGUAGGUGGCGGCAGGUUUGAAAAGUGGAAACGGUCGGGCUCUGCGGGUUUUUGACUUUGGCUGUAGCUGCUCCGCGAACUAGCGGUCUUCCUGCAGCCGGCUCGUACGGAGACAACCUCCAAGAUGGAAACUUUGUCUUUCCCCAGAUAUAAUGUAGCUGAGAUUGUGAUUCAUAUUCGCAAUAAGUUUUUAACAGGAGCUGAUGGUAAAAACCUCUCCAAGAAUGAUCUCUAUCCAAAUCCAAAGCCUGAAGUCUUGCACAUGAUCUACAUGAGAGCCUUACAAAUAGUGUAUGGAAUUCGCCUGGAGCAUUUUUACAUGAUGCCAGUGAACACUGAAGUCAUGUAUCCACAUAUAAUGGAAGGCUUUUUGCCUGUCAGCAAUUUAUUUAUUCAUCUUGACUCAUUUCUGCCCAUUUGCCGGGUGAAUGAUUUUGAGAUUGCUGAUAUUCUUUAUCCAAAAGCAAAACGGACAAGUCGUUUUUUAAGUGGCAUUAUCAACUUUAUUCACUUCAGAGAAGAAUGCCGAGGCACAUAUAUGGAAUUUCUCAAGCAAUAUAAAACCUCUGUGGACAAGAUGCAACAGUUACAUAUUGCCCACCAGGAGGCAUUAAUGAAAUUGGAAAGACUUGAUUCUGUUCCAGUUGAAGAGCAAGAAGAGUUCAAGCAACUUACAGAUGAUAUUCAGGAGCUGCAGCAAUCAUUGAAUCAGGAGUUUCGCCAAAAAACGAUAGUGCUGCAAGAGGGAAAUUCCCAAAAGAAAUCAGACAUCUCAGAGAAAACCAAGCGUUUGAAUGAACUAAAAUUGUCACUGGUUUCUUUGAAAGAAGUACAAGAGAGUUUAAAAACAAAAAUUGUGGAUUCUCCAGAGAAGGUAAAGAAUUAUAAAGAAAAAAUGAAGGAUACAGUCCAGAAGCUUAAAAAUUCCAGGCAAGAAGUGAUGGAGAAGUAUGAAAUCUAUAGAGACUCAGUUGACAGCCUGCCUUCAUGUCAGCUGGAGGUGCAGUUAUAUCAAAAGAAAAUACAGGACCUUGCAGAUAAUAGGGAAAAAUUAACCAGUAUCUUAAAAGAGAGCCUGAACUUGGAGGACCAAAUUGAAAGUGAUCAUUCAGAACUAAAGAAACUGAAGACUGAAGAAAAUUCAUUCAAAAGACUGAUGAUUGUGAAGAAGGAAAAACUUGCCACAGCCCAAUUCAAAAUUAAUAAGAAGCACGAGGAUGUUAAGCAAUACAAACGAACAGUAAUUGAGGAUUGCAAUAAAGUUCAAGAAAAAAGAGGUGCUGUCUUUGAGCGAGUAACCACAAUUAAUCAAGAAAUCCAAAAAAUUAAAUUUGGGAUUCAGCAACUAAAAGAUGCCACUGAAAGGGAGAAACUGAAGUCCCAGGAAAUAUUUGUGAACUUGAAAACUGCCUUGGAGAAAUACCACGAAGGCAUUGAAAAGGCAGCAGAGGAGUGCUAUGCCAGGAUAGAUGAGAGAACAGCUGAACUGAAGAAGAGGAUGUUCAGAAUGUCAGCCUGAUUGAUGCAGAUAACAAAUCUUUUUCUAGAUGGCUUGCUGUUUUUUAAUUUCUACUCGGGAAGGGAAUAGUUAAACUGAAGCUAGUGAACAUAUCAGAAAUAUCAAGUAAUGUUGAUUCAGUCAGUUUUUAUAGAACCUCAUAA